AUGAAGUACCGUGCUUGGAUUGGGCAAGCCGUGUCGGCAUUUACUGAUGGAAACGGAAGUCGAAGAAAAGAUGGAAAUAAGAAGCGGAAUACCCAGUCUGGCAAGUGGACAGGGGAGGAGGUGGCAGCAGAAGUACCAAGACUACCUAUUGCCGAACAAUUUUCAUCCGAGAACUGGAAGUUGAGACUGGAAAGCUCCAAGCCAGUAGUCAUUGAAAGCAGGAAAGCAGUGCCGAUACAAAUACCGGGAAAAUCCAUUCCCAAAUUAGAAGAAGAGGAGGUGGAAUGGAGUAUAUCCGGAUCUACUUCUUCAGAUACACUGCCUAUGAGAGCAGACAGCCAAGCUUCGACUUCAAGUUCCUCGUCGGUUACGCUUUCAACUAUCACGGAGUCGGCUCAUGGAUCGAUUCCCUAUGAACAUGCUGAGCUCGACGGCUUAGCUUCUACAUCAUCAGCAACUCCUGCUUCCUUGUACGGGUCUUCAACUCAAGCCUUAAUCAAAACUCAAGCUCCCACUCGUCCCUCGCUCCGAUACCGAACGAAAAGCUUCUCAUCAGUAAUACUCGAACAGUCUCCAUCAGCGCCAAUAACCAUCAUACUUACAACACCGGACUCAGAUCCACCAUCACCAGAUUACUCUUCACCACCCCCGUCAUAUUUCUCCAGCCAACACCAAGGUCAUUUCUCACCAAGCUUUCAUGGACCUUCAUUGUCCAAGACAAAAUACUACACAGCAGCUCGCCCGAUACGCUCAUUCUCCAGUCCAUCCAUACCCACUCUUGCGUCGUCUCCAGGCCUUCUCUCCCCCAACUGGUCCACAACCUCUCUCCCAUCCACCUACAUAUCCCCCUUCCCAGAUCCAAACAAACUCAUAGCCCCAUCUGAACAAGCCCUCGACAUCAGCCGUCUCCGAAAAGCUCAAGAGUUCCGCCAAGUCAGAAAAUUCAUGAUCGAUUUCCUCAACGCAAAAGGCCAUACCUUCCCACCUAAACUUCGCCUACGGAUCUUAGCCGGGUAUGGUAUCGAAGAGAAAGAACUGCAUCCUGAGACAGUAAAGCGAUUUGCAAUAUCGGACUCAGUAGCCGAGACAGACGAAGGCGUCGCACUCGAUGGAGUCUGCUUGGAGGACAGCAAAGCGAAGGGAAUAAGUAAUGCCGAGAAUCUACGUAUCCUCUCCAUGGCAUUCCAGAGCCAGAUCCCCCUCGUGACGCCGCACCUCGAAGAGGCAUACUUGAAAGCUACUCCUGGACGACUGCCUAUGCAUCGUCCAAGAACUCUGCUCGAGGAACGGGAGAUGCGCUUAUUGGGGAGAACCCUAUCGACGUCUGAUUUACCGCUUCGCCAAUCGACAUCUCAAUCAAAGACUAGGAGCAGCAUUUCUGAGUACGGAUCUCUUAAAGCCAGUGCCUCCCCUCCAGACCUCUCGCGUCGAUAUCCUGUUACUCCCGAUACCGCGAGCAUGCCAAGGUCAGUCUCGGGGCGAACAGGCGAAAAGACUAAAAUGCAUGUUGUGGGCGAUCGAAAACAAAUGGGCAUUGUGGAGCAGCAGACGAGGAUUAAGAGACAGAGUAUCAUCUCUGGGGCUUUUGGGGCUGUGAGGGAAGCUAUGGGAGGAGGGAGUGUAGGGAAGGAGAGGGAGAGGAGGAGGAUUGCUGGUAGCUGGCGGUGA